AUGUCAGAAAGUCGUUUCUUUACACAACAAGAUGGAUCAAAAAUCGCAUACAAGAUUUUUGAACCUGAAAAUAUUAAAAAUGAGGUUCCUCUUAUAAUGAUAAUGGGAUUUGCUGGAACUAAAGAGAUUUUUUUGGGCUUCGAAGAAGAAUUGGCAAAAAACCAAACUGUACUUAUAUUUGAUAAUCGUGGAAUUGGAGAAUCAACUGUUGCUUCUUAUGAUGACCCUAUUACGAUUGAACUAAUGGCUCAAGAUACAAUUGAAUUAAUUAGACAUCUUGAAAUUAAAAGAUUUAAUUUAUUUGGAGGGUCUAUGGGUGGUAAUAUAGCACUUUGUAUUGCCUUGAAUGUUCCAUCAGAUAUUAAGUUGGAGAAAUUAAUUAUUGGCGCAACUUUUGCUCGUAUCAGACCAGAUCUAAAACUAUAUCAGAGUCUUGAACGACUUUAUAAAUUACCAAACAUGGGUCAUCCUAAAACUAUUCAAGAACAAAAGGAUAUCCUUCUUAAGUCAGAUAAGGAUAUAGUCAAUUAUCAACUUAAACAUCCUGAUAAGUUUGAUAAAAUUGCAGAAAUUAUAUUUGACAUAGUUUCAAGACUACAAGAAAUUAAGGUUCCAACUUUGAUAAUUCACGGUGAAAUUGAUGACGUAGUUCCUAUUGGAGAAGGUGAAUUACUUGCUCGUGAAAUUCCUAAUGCUCAAUUUUAUAAAAUUCCUAAAACUGGUCAUAGCAUUUAUAUAAUGGCAUCAAAUUAUAUUCCUGUCAUUGAUGAAUUUUUGAAUAAUUAA